UGUCAGCGAAGGUGGGGCAGAGGAAGUCUGGCCAGCUGGAGCAGCCUCGGGGACCCGCUCCGGCGUUCUGUGACAUUCCUGCCUGCUUCCUGUCUUCCUCCUCCGCCGACAGACACCGGCCGCAGUUGCAGCGGGCCUAGGGCGUGCGUCCGGGACUUUUCGUGACGCCUUAAACAUGAGCCCCACACAGUGGGACUUCCCUGUGGAAUUAUGUUGUCGACCCAUGGCUUUUGUUACACUUACCGGCCUAGAUGUUGUUUACAAUGCUGUCCAUCGAGCAGUCUGGGAUGCUUUCUGUGCCAAUCGGAGAGCUGAUCGGGUACCAAUUUCUUUCAAGGUGCUCCCAGGUGAUCAUGAAUAUCCUAAGUGUAGACCCAAGAGAACUUCGUAUGAGUGGUACAUUCCUAAAGGGAUCUUAAAGACUGGCUGGAUGAAUAAGCAUCUGAAUCUGGUGCCAGCCCUGGUGGUUGUAUUCUAUGAACUGGACUGGGAUGAGCCUCAGUGGAAAGAAAAGCAGUCUGAGUGUGCCACCCGAGUGGAAAUCGUCAGACAAAGUUUACAAGGAAGAAACACAAAAGUUGCAGUGGUUUUGAUUCAGAAGAAAACCCCUUUGCCUCCAGGAGAAGAUGUCAUUGCUUCGGAAAGGGCUGCAGCGUUGUGCAAUGCUUGUGAGCUCUCAGGGAAGUCGUUGUUUGUGCUGCCCCACACUGACCACCUUGUGGGUUAUAUUAUAAGAUUAGAAAAUGCUUUUUAUGAACAUGCACAGACUUAUUACUACACUGAAAUCAGAAGAGUGAAAUCUCAUAAAGAAUUUUUGAAUAAGACAACACACCAGCUUUUAUUUGUUAGACAUCAGUUCAAAAUAGCAUUCUUCAGUGAGCUGAAACAAGAUACACAAAAUGCUCUGAAGAAUUAUAGGACUGCUUAUAAUCUUGUACAUGAAUUGAGAGCCCAUGAAACUAACAUUCUGGAAAUUAAGACUAUGGCAGGAUUUAUAAACUACAAGAUCUGUAGGCUGUGUUUUCAACACAACACCCCACUAGAUGCAAUCGCCCAGUUCAGAAAACAUAUUGACUUGUGCAAGAAAAAAAUCGGAAGUGCAGAGUUGUCUUUUGAGCAUGCUGCAUGGAUGUCUAAACAAUUCCAGGCCUUUGGAGAUUUAUUUGACGAAGCUAUUAAGUUAGGGUUAACAGCUAUUCAAACUCAGAAUCCGGGUUUCUAUUACCAACAGGCAGCAUAUUAUGCCCAAGAGCGGAAACAGCACGCAAAAGCCCUCUGUAAUCAUGACGCCUCUGUAAUGUAUCCAACUCCUGACCCCUUAGAAACACAAACAGGUGUUCUUGACUUUUAUGGACAGAGGUCAUGGCGACAAGGAAUAUUAAGUUUUGAUCUUUCUGAUCCUGAAAAAGAGAAAGUAGGAAUUCUUGCCAUUCAGCUGAAGGAGAGAAAUGUUGUUCACUCAGAAAUAAUAAUAACUCUUCUGAGCAAUGCUGUUGCACAAUUCAAGAAGUAUAAGUGUCCAAGAAUGAAAAGUCAUCUAAUGGUUCAAAUGGGAGAAGAAUAUUAUUAUGCAAAGGAUUAUACCAAAGCUUUGAAAUUGCUGGAUUAUGUGAUGUGUGAUUAUCGGAGUGAGGGAUGGUGGACUCUGCUCACGUCUAUACUCACCACUGCUCUGAAGUGUUCCUACCUCAUGGCCCAGUUAAAGGAUUACAUUACUUAUUCCCUAGAACUCCUUGGAAGAGCUUCAACUCUGAAAGAUGACCAGAAAUCUCGUAUAGAAAAGAACCUUAUAAAUGUUUUAAUGAAUGAAAGUCCCGAACCUGAACCUGACUGCGAUGCCUUGGCUGUGAAGACUGCUCAGAAGCUGUGGGCUGACCGGGUUUCUCUGGCUGGCAGCAAUAUUUUCACUGUAGGGGUCCAAGACUUUGUACCAUUUGUGCAAUGCAAAGCCAAGUUUCAUGCCCCAAGUUUUCAUGUUGAUGUUCCUGUUCAGUUUGAUAUUUAUCUGAAGGCCGAUUGUCCACACCCCAUUAGGUUUUCCAAGCUCUGUGUCAGCUUUAAUAAUCAGGAAUACAACCAGUUCUGUACGAUAGAAGAAGCAUCCAAAGCAAGUGAAGUUUUAGAAAAUUUGACUCAAGGAAAGAUGUGCUUAGUUCCUGGCAAAACAAGAAAAUUGUUGUUUAAAUUUGUUGCAAAAACUGAAGAUGUGGGAAAGAAAAUAGAGAUUACCUCUGUGGAUCUGGUUCUGGGCAGUGAGAUGGGCCGGUGUGUGGUUCUGAGCUGGCAGGGAGGAGGAGGAGAUGCCGCUUCCUCCCAGGAAGCCCUGCAGGCUGCGCGGUCUUUCAAAAGACGACCUAAGCUCCCUGACAAUGAAGUUCACUGGGACAGCAUCAUAAUUCAGGCAAGCACAAUGAUCAUUUCCAGAGUUCCAAAUAUUUCUGUACAUCUUCACCAUGAGCCACCUGCCCUAACAAAUGAAAUGUACUGUUUGGUUGUGACUGUUCAGUCUCAUGAGAAGACCCAAAUCAGAGAUGUGAAGCUCACGGCUGGUUUGAAACCAGGGCAGGAUGCCAACUUAACUCAGAAAACUCACGUGACACUUCAUGGAACAGAACUGUGUGAUGAGUCCUACCCAGCUUUACUCACUGAUAUUCCUGUCGGAGACUUGCGUCCAGGGGAACAGCUGGAAAAAAAGAUAUAUGUUCGCUGUGGAACUACAGGCUCAAGAAUGUUUCUUGUUUAUGUUUCUUAUCUGAUCAAUACAACUGUUGAGGAAAAAGAAAUUAUUUGCAGAUGUCACAAGGAUGAGACCGUAACAAUAGAGACUGUCUUUCCAUUUGACGUUGCGGUUAAGUUUGUUUCCACGAAGUUCGAGCCCCUGGAGAGGGUCUAUGCCGACAUCCCCUUUCUGCUGAUGACAGACCUGCUGAGCGCCUCGCCGUGGGCCCUGACCAUCGUGUCCAGUGAGCUGCAGCUCUCCCCGUCCAUGGUGGCAGUGGACCAGCUGGAGUCCCAAGUGGACAGAGUUGUCUUACAGACGGGGGAGAGCGCUAGUGAGUGCUUUUGUCUUCAGUGCCCAUCUGUUGGAAAUAUUGAAGGUGGUGUCGCUACCGGACAUUACAUUAUCUCCUGGAAGAGGACUUCAGCCAUGGAAAACAUCCCUGUCAUCAGUACUGUCAUCACGCUGCCACACGUGAUUGUAGAAAAUAUCCCUCUUCAUGUGAAUGCAGAUCUGCCCUCAUUCGGACGCGUCAGAGAAUCGUUACCUGUCAAGUAUCACCUACAGAACAAGACUAACUUAGUUCAGGAUGUGGAAAUUUCUGUGGAGCCCAGUGAUGCGUUCAUGUUCUCAGGCCUCAAACAGAUUCGGUUGCGUAUUCUACCUGGCACCGAACAAGAAAUGUUGUAUAACUUCUAUCCUCUAAUGGCCGGAUACCAGCCACUGCCAUCUCUCAACAUCAACUUGCUUAGGUUUCCUAACUUCACAAAUCAGCUGCUUAGACGUUUUAUACCCACCAGUAUUUUUGUGAAGCCACAGGGCCGACUGGCAGAUGACACCUCUAUUGCUGCUGCGUGAUGUUCAAGGCCGGCCCUUGGCUGUUCUUCCAGAGGAGCAGGCAGAGCUUUAGCGGUGUUGCAUUGUGUCCUGUGCUUUGGUCAUGAUGGAAAGUAAAUCUUUUCUAUUUUUGAACGAAUGUUAUACCAACUAUUGAGAGGAAGUUAUGCUUAAAAUAUUAUGAAAAUCAGCCUCUUGUAAUUUCACUAAUAAAUAUUUGAAACCUGUCAGUGCAGCGUGAAGGUA